AUGUCCGUCCUCAAGUCCCUCAAGUCCAAAUUGUGUCGCAAGUCGUCCACCAUGGCCGCUACCAAGAUCAAACUCAUUACCAACCCGCACUACCAGAAGUCGGGGCCAAAGUCAUACGUGCAUUUGAUGCGAAAGUAUGGCUUCCAUCCGACCAAAGAGGGCCCGUAUUUCGUCGGCACAACUAUGCAGCAGACGGGUCGCCAGUACACUGAUAAGCCUAUCGGUGGACGAGUUCAUGCCCGUCAGGUCCUACAGAAGAAGAGCGCCGAUACAGGCCAGGCUGGGGAGGUUGGCGCCGACGAUGUGCAGAACGAUUCGAUGUAUUUGGCCCAGAUCGGCAUCGGGACCCCGGCACAGACUCUGAGCCUGGAUUUCGAUACGGGCUCGGCGGACCUUUGGGUCUGGUCAACAAAGCUGCCAUCUGCCACGCUGUCCCAAAACACGAACCACACGGUCUUUGACCCGAGCAAGUCGAGCUCGUUCAAGAACAAGGAUGGCUCCACAUGGAAGAUCUCGUAUGGAGAUGGGUCUUCCGCCUCUGGCACGGUUGGAAACGAUAAUGUCAACAUCGGCGGCGUGGUCGUGCAGGGCCAGGCAAUUGAGUUGGCGGACACCAUGUCUGCACAGUUUGCUAGUGGCGCUGGGGACGGUUUACUCGGCCUUGCAUUUGGCAACAUCAACACCGUGAAGCCAACCGCGGUCAAGACACCGGUCGAGAAUAUGAUUUCUCAAGCGGAUAUCCCAAAGACCGCAGAGCUCUUUACGGCGAAGCUAGGAUCCUGGCGUGACGCCGACGAGCCUGACAAGGGCGAGUCGUUCUAUACGUUUGGAUUUAUUGACCAGGCCACCGUGAAAUAUUCGGGCGAAGACAUCUCCUACACACCCAUCGACAACAGCCAGGGCUUCUGGAUGUUUGACUCGGCAUCGGCAACGGUGAACGGCAAAUCGAUUGCUCGUAGUGGCAACAAGGCGAUCGCUGAUACGGGCACGACUCUGGCUCUCGUCGAUGACAGCACCUGCAAGGCAAUCUAUGACGCGAUUGACGGGGCCUACUACGAUAAUGACAGCCAAGGCUACAUUUAUCCCACCAAUACCGCCGCGGAUAAGCUACCCGUGGUGUCCUUUGCUGUCGGUGACAAGCAGUUUGUCGUCCAGAAGGAGGAUCUAGGCUUUGCGACAGCCAAGUCCGGAUAUGUCUAUGGUGGAAUCCAGAGCCGCGGCUCUAUGGACAUGGAUAUUUUGGGCGAUACCUUCUUGAAGGGAAUUUAUGCUGUAUUCGAUGUUGGCAACAUGCGCUUCGGCGCUGUGCAGCGAAAGGAGCUUCACCAGAACCUUUCUGCGCCCCCUCAAUAG